CAUGGCUAUGACCAAAGCGAUACGGCUCUGUGGCCAUCUUAGGCAGUGGUCUAGUAGUGGUGUAACGUCCCGGAAGGUAAAGUUACAUCCCGCAACCAUAUACGGUACCACACACACAGCAGUCCUCCCGGAUGUACGUCAGUUUAGUGGCAGCACCAGUCGGCAGGAAAAGUUGGCCACCAAAAGCGUCCAAAAGCAUGACUGGAAUCGUGCCGUUAGUGAGGCGGAAAAAAUUGUUGGCUAUCCAACGUCGUUCCUGAGCUUGCGGUGGUUACUGAGCGAUGAGAUCGCAAACGUAGCACUGCAUCUGCGGAAGCUGGUCGGGAGCAAUCAUCCACUGCUAAAAACUGCAAAAACAUUGAUCUACAACGACAAAAAUCAACAGGCAUGGGGACUGAUCGUUUUGCUCGUUUCGAAAGCAGCCGGACAUGUGGACACCAUACCGGACAUGGAGCAAGACAAGAGUGCCGGUGUGCUACAUUCGCAGCGUGCCUUGGCCGAAGUCACGGAGAUGAUCCGCACCUCCCAUCUCGUGCACCAGGGCAUGUUGAAUCUACAGUCGUUCGAUAAUGCUGGCAAUGAUUUGAGCGGUGACAGUGAUAUGAUCUUUGGCAACAAGAUCGCCCUGCUCGGCGGUGAUUAUCUGCUUGCAAAUGCUUGUCAACAGGUCGCGACGCUAAGGAAUCAAGAUUUGAACAUGCUCAUUUCGUCCGCCUUCCGCGAUUUAGCCGAGUCGAAUUUUAUCGGCGAGCGGGAUGAACAGAAUAACCCUCUGCCAACGAAAUCGGGUGCGCUUGCCAAGGAACUUGCUACCGAUGUAAACAGUCUGGAUGAUUUGGGCUUCGGUGAUCUGGAGGAUAAUACGGAACCGAUGAAGAUUGACGGUGUGGUUGGUAGUCCGGAAAAGGAAUGGUCCCUGCGGCACGUGCUCGGUGGUGGUAGUUUGCUUGGGAAAAGCUGCCAGGGAGCGCUAAUGCUCGGUGGCCACCCGGAAACGCUACAGAAGCAGGGCUAUCAGUUCGGGAAGCAUCUUUCGCUGGCCUGGCAGGCUUGCAUCGAUAUGCAACCGUUCCUGUUGCCGAAGCUUCCAAUGGGUGCUCAGUUCAGUCUGGUUUCUGCCCCUGUACUAUUCCAUCUCGAGCACGAUUCUGCUCUGUACGAGGAGAUCGAGAAAGGUCGUAAAUCUGUCGACAACAUCGACUACACCAAAGUUCACCAGGCGGUUCUCGAUGGGCCCGGACUGGAGAAGACAAAGAUUCUCCAGCGAAAGCACAGCUUAGCGGCAAUGAAGGUACUGAACGAGCUGCCGGCCACCGACGCUCGGAGAGCUUUACAGAACAUUAUUCUGGCCAUGCAGGAGCUGUAA